CCCCGGCCGCAGCCCUCCGCCAGGCCCCCCGGCGCGCGCGCACGGGACCCGCCUCGCCAGCCACACCGACCCCGGCGCCUGCUCUCCGAGGGACCGGUCACUGCUCUCAGCGGCUCCCAGCUGCGAUGCCCGGCCACUGCCCCUCCCUCCUGCAGCAGCCCCACCCAGGGUGCCAGCCCACCCCGUGGCCCUUAUGAAGAGGGCUGGAAGAUGGUCCCAGGCCCCCGGCAGCCGGAGGAGGAGCCCCCCGCCGCCGGCCCGCGAUGGAGGAACCCACGCCCGAGCCCGUCUACGUGGACGUGGACAAAGGACUGACCCUGGCCUGCUUCGUCUUCCUCUGCCUCUUCCUGGUGGUCAUGAUCAUCCGCUGCGCCAAGGUCAUCAUGGACCCGUACAGCGCCAUCCCCACGUCCACCUGGGAGGAGCAGCACCUGGAUGACUGAUGGGGGCGGGGCGGCCACUGGGGCGGCGCCGUUGGGUCCCCGGGCACCGGGCGCUCAGCCCGUCCACACGGGAGGGGACGCGGUUCCCCUGUGGGCGGAGAAAGCCCCCCUUGGCCUCACCUGCUCCCACCCGCGCGUCAGGGUGACAUGCUCGGGGUGCCCCAGGGGUUCCAGCCGGGGGUGAGUUUGGGGAACGCGGUGACUACGGGGCGGUCACCUCCCCGGGCUCCAGCAAGACACCCAACGUGACACCACCGUGGCCUCCUUUUCGGGGGCCCUCUGCUCAUCAGAUGCAAACCGGCCCGUGCACUGGCCCUGGGGGACCCCCAGCACAGAUGUCCCCCCAGAACCCAAGCCCCUCUAGGGGGCCAUUGUGAACGGGGGGUGAGGGGGACCCCCCAAAAAAGCCCCAUAGAAGGCACGGGGACUGCUUCCCGGCUGCAUUUUUAAAAACUGAAAACAGAGAGGGGUCUAUUUUUCCUGUUGCCGGUGAAGUGUGCGUUUCAGAAAUUUGGGGGAAAAUACAGAAUCCUAGAACCCCGCCUCCCAGAAGCCGCUCCUCUGAAAGGGUCGCCCAGCCUUUGCGACACACGGAUUUCACAUAGAUCGCACCGCGUGCAGGACGUGUCGCUCAUGUGACAGCGUGAGGACUCCCGGUCUGUCACCCGCAGUCCCUGUUGGUGGCGAGGUCGGCGGCCAGGAAUCCUCUCCUUUGGUCCGACACUGAAAUCUUCUGCUGAUUUUCUCUCCCACAAAAUUGUUGCAGCCAGUCACAGCUUUCUAUAAAAAUAUGCUCUUAUGGAUUUCAGAGAGGAAGGGAGAGAGAGAGAGAGAAACAUCCGUGAUGAGAGAGAAUCGCGGACCGGCCGCCUCCUGCACGCCCCACACUGGGGAUCC